AUGUUUAGCUUUCCCUUUUUCGAUCCGUCGAGGCCACCUCCGGUCGCACCUCCUCCCAGCCAAUCUUCGCUGGACCAGAGCUUUGUUCAGCACUUUCUCAGCACAAGACCUGAACGGAGUCAUGCUUCUAAAACUGCACGCGCUUCUAUUAGCGAUCUGGGACAUAAAAUAACCGACCUCAUCGGCGAAAUCGAGCUUCUCAAGACAAAAAAGGCAACGCUCGAAAAGGAAAUGCAUUUGCAACCAGAUUCAAGCUGGCAAUCCAACAUUAAACAACUAGGCCAACUUCAACACAAUAUAAGCGAGACGCUAACCCAGCUGAGCGACCCCACAUUAAUCGAACAUUUGCAACGCAAGUUGCGUGCCCGACAAAAGAAGCGAUCCUGGCAAAAGCGACGCAACGCGCGACUCAAAGAUCUCAAAAACGCCCAACAAGCUAACCGCGACCAACUCCACGACCGCAUCGACCAGUGGCAACGCGAGCAACACAAGCUGCUCGAAGAGGAGCAACUUGUCCAACAACAGCUGGAACUCGCGAGUCACUUCCUCGCGGACGUUCACCGCCGAAAGUCAACCUGCAAGCGGUACCUGGCCAAGUUUGAAAAGGUUCGCGAAAGCCGCCGGCGACAUCACCAAGAAGAAGGCGACGACGAUGCAAACGCCGACCUGACGGAACUCACCAAAAAGUGGACCGCCAAACUGACGGAAUGCGUUCGCGAGGAGAGGAAGAUGAAAGACGUGCUGGCCAGAAGGUCGGCCGUCAACUACCAACGGCGUAUCCAAAACGAGUGGAACCGGGCGCUGUUUGGCGAUGUGGUUCCGAGGAAGGUAGAAGAUCGGGACGUGGUGGUGCGAAGGCGUUGGGAAUGGGACGCGUGCUUGGUUGGUGAAGGAGACGACGGUGAUGAUGCUUCGGCAGUUCCGCUGGGUUGGGUGCUGCCCCCGGAGGAUCCUGCGCCGGAAUGGGUUCAGUAUCAGAUGAAGGAAGUUGGUGGAGUUUGAUUGUUGCUUUGGGCUGAGUGCACACAGUUAAUUUUAGAUAAAUAAGAUUGAUUGAUAGAUUGAUAAGAAACUAAA